AUGCGGUCCAACAGCAUCUCCUCCAUCUCUUCCGUCUCCUCCACCGCCUCCUCCCCCGGUUCCGGCGAGAUGCUGCAGAUCUUCGUCAAGAACAUCUCGGGUGACAUCUUCCCCCUCACCAUUCCACAAUCCACCACCGUCUCCCAACUCCGCUCCCUCGUCUCCCUCCGCACCAACGCCCCCGAGUCCGACCUCCGCCUCGUCUUCGCCGGCAAACACCUCACAUCUCCCCAGGAGACGCUAUCAAGCUACAACGUCACACGGGAGAGCACGCUCUACAUGGCGCUUCCGAUCCGCGGCGGUGGGCCGAAGAAGAUUCGAUGCAGCUUCAAGGACUGCAAGGACGCGGCGCAGCGCAUCGUCGGCGACUGCGGCUUCUGCACUGGCCACUUCUGCGGCAAGCAUCGCAUGCUGGAAUCGCACAACUGCACUGGUCUAGAGGACUGCAAGCAGGAAGAGAAGGAGCGGAACAAGGAGAAGUUGGAGAGUGAGCGGACGGUGGCCAUCAAGGGGAUCUGA